GCGCUAAGCAUAUCAAACAUGGUUCGUGUAAUCGCAUCAGCUGCAUCUUAAGUCUAGUGUUACAGAUCUGAUUAUGGCUUUCUGCAAUUGCGGCCUGUUCGCAUAUGCCGCUGAUAUCCAGCAUUAAGUGAUUUGGCAUCGUCGAGAAGAUGGUUACGCCACCCGGAAGACUUAUUCCUCGAGCAUAGCCAUGUCACGCAUACCCCGCGACCCUGCAUUUUCUUGACAUCUGACUCUGAUGUGUAGAAUUUGGCGUAGGAAGAGCUAUAUGCAGGCUGCUGGUAGACAGAAAAAAGAUGGUUGUCAGGCGGGUUUAAAAAAGCUAUACAUUAUUCAAUUCACUGAAGCCAGGAAUCCUGAGUGAAAACAAGAGCUUUAUUUCAGUCUUUACCGUUUACAUAGGCCUAUAAUAUCAACUAAAAAGUCAUGGUAUCUCAAUCGCAUAUCAUAGUGGCCAAUUUAGUUGUCGCUAUUGCAGCAACCAUAGCUGUUUUUCUUAGAUUUGUGUCACGGGCGCUUAUCAAAUCUUUCGCCGCAGACGACUGGCUCAUUCUUGCAGCAUUGCCUUUUGGAUGGGGAAUGGCGAUUUGUACUAUCAUUGCUGUCCACUAUGGGCUUGGACAGAAUGCUCGGUCAGUGCCUCCAGAGAAUAUUGCUCCAUUUAUUCAGGUACGCUCAUAGAUGAUUCCCUUGGACAGACGAGGGAAAUUUUCCUAAGGUAUAACAGGUUUACUUGGCUUCGGAGCUCAUUUGGGCAUGCUCAAUGGCACUGAUCAAAAUAUCCGUUCUCCUUCUUUAUGUUCGAAUUUUUGGGACCAUGAGAUAUUUCCGUCUUCUUGCCUAUGGCUUCGGCGGCUUCACCAUAGCUUGGGCAAUAAUGGUUGUCUUUGUUUGUACUUUUCAAUGUCUACCCAUGGCUUAUCAAUGGGACAAAACAAUCGAAGGAGGCCGGUGUAUUGACUCUUGGCUUUUUUUUACCAUCGGAUCGUCUUUCGAUGUACUCGUUGAUUUCGCGCUGUUAAUCCUUCCUCUCCCUGCGAUCUGGAACUUGCAGUUAUCAAUACUUCAAAAGAUAUCGUUAAUUGUUAUCUUCAGUCUUGGUUCGAUGUAAGUUGAUUCAAACAUGUUUGCUGUGGUUGCUCCUAUUGACACUUCAAAGUACUUGCGUCUUCAGUUUAAUCCGACUAGUUGCGGUUGCUCAAGCUAAAGACGUACCGGAUCCAACUUGUGAGCUCUCUGAUGAUUUGCACCUGGAAGUUGGAACAAGUACUAAGUCAAAUGUCUAGUCACUCUCGGAAUCGUGGCAAUCUGGUCAACGGCAGAACCUUGCCUCGGAAUAGUCUCUACUUGCCUUCCUAGUUACAAACCGAUUAUUACAAGGAUCUUCGGCCAUAAAGAGGAUGUUGGUAGCUCUGGUACGAGCAAGCCGAGCGGUGGCAAUGCUACAUUCGGAAGCAAGUUCAGCAAGAAUGGCGGUCGGCUCGCCCUCGCGUCAGCUUCUGAAAACGAAGAUGAUCAUCAGUUGAUCUAUAACCAGAAGGAGUUGAUGUCUCUCAAGUCUUAUGCUACCGCGAGCAACGACAGCGCAGCAAGAGGACAGGAUAUCCCGAUGGACAAUAUUCGCGUACAAACAAACAUCGAUAGUACUUGGACCCACAACGUUUAGGCUGUGGAAUAUUUAUUUCUAGUCCAAACACUAAAAUAUCUCCGUGCUAGCUUAAUUUAUGGACCUCAUUCCUGCGCUUUAUCGAUUUUUGGAGUAUUUGUUUGUGGCCCGGAAGAUCUACUCUGGCUAGCAAAUUCUAGCAUUUUUCCAUUAAACUGAGAUUG